AUGGAGUGGAAAGAACAUUUAAAAUCUAUUUACUUCGAUUUGGAAAACUCCGUAAGCUAUUCGGGUCCAACCAAGAUUCAUCGUUAUCUCAAAAAAGAGGGAAAAUAUAAAGUUGGGUUGUCAGCCAUAAAGCAAUGGCUUCAAGACAUCGAUGCUUACAGUCUCCAGCGCCCGCAGAGGUACAAGUUUAAAACAAACAGAGUGAUUUCUCAAGGAAUAGACUUUCUUUGGGAUGCAGAUUUAGCAGAUGUAAAUUCUAUUACCAAAGAAAAUGACGACUUGAAAUUUCUGCUUGUUACAAUUGAUGAUUUUUCUCGAUAUGCUUGGGUUAGACCUUUGAAGAAUAAGAAACAUGAAAGUAUAAUCGAUGCUCUGAAAGAUAUAUUUGAAGAAGGUAGAAUUCCUUCUGAACUUCGGACGGAUAAAGGAUCAGAGUGGAUCAAUAGAUGGACCAAGCAGUAUCUGAAGAGGAAAGACGUACAGCAUUUCGCCACGCAAAAUGUCACCCAUGCUAAUUAUGCAGAGAGGUUUAUCAGGACAUUGAAAGUCAUGAUGUAUCGCUACUUCACACAUAAUCGCACAUACAGAUACGUUGAAGUUUUACAAGACAUCGUUCGAAAUUAUAACAACCGACCGCACAGAUCCCUGAAUGGUCUAUCUCCAAGCGAUGUGAACAAAACAAAUGAAGAUAUCCUGUGGAUGAAACUGUAUGUGGAUGUGUUGAAACCCACUGUGGUGCGAAAGAAAAAUUAUAAACCACAUAAACGAUUCAAAUUUAAAGUGGGUGACUAUGUUAGAUUGUCGGGAAUAAAACACACUUUCCAGAGAGACUACGAACAAAAAUGGACCGAGGAAGUCUUUAUUGUCAACAGAAAAUUUUUACGUCAAGGAAUACCUGUAUACAAAGUCGUGGAUUACAGCAAAGAUCCUAUUGACGGAACUUUCUAUGAAGCGGAAUUGCAGAGGGUUAACAAAACAAGAGACGACUUGUGGAAAAUAGAGAAAGUACUAAAAAGACGCAAGCGCAGAGGUCAGACGGAAGUGUUGGUCAAAUGGCAAGGAUACCCCAGAAAAUUUAAUUCCUGGGUUAAUGAGGAUGAAUUACAGGAUAUAUAA